AUGAGCUGGCUUCUCUACCUCGCUAUGCCGCCUGUGCUCAUUUUGGCCAUGCGGCUGCUGUCGCUCGUCCUGCCCGCGAAGCCCGCGCAGCUGCUCUCGUACUACGCUUUCGCAGCCAGCUCCUUCAUCCUCAUGGGCUUCUGUGCCUUGUACGGUACCCUCGUAGCCAUACCCCUGCGCCUCAUUGGAUACGGAGGUCUCAUCCAAUGGUCGGUCGGACGGGCAUUCAAGUGGUGCAUGUGGUACGGAACCGGUGUGACAUUUAGGAUCACAGGUAGCAUGAAGAAGGAGGGUGGUGUUAGCGGCGAGGAUGCGCUCAAGGACCGGCCCGCCGUGUUUGUGGGCAACCAUCAGACCGAACUCGACGUUCUCAUGCUGGGCUGCAUGUUCCCCAAGUACACAUCUGUCACGGCUAAGAAGUCACUCAAGUACACGCCACUUCUGGGCUGGUUCAUGGCGCUGUCCAAGACCGUCUUCAUCGACCGUGCAAACCGCACCACCGCGCGCGCCGCAUUCGACACGGCCGCUCAAACCAUGCAGUCGACACGCCAAUCCGUCUUCAUUUUCCCCGAGGGCACUCGCUCCUACGCCUCCACCCCCGACCUCCUCCCCUUCAAGAAGGGCGCCUUCCAUCUCGCCGUACAAGCACAAGUCCCCAUCGUACCGGUCGUCUGCGCAAACUACUCGCACGUACUGAACGUGAAGGAACAGAAGUUUCAGCCGGGUGUGGUCGAUGUGACUGUCCUCCCGCCGAUACAGACAAAGGGACUGACUGCUGAGCACGUGGAUGAUCUGGUCAAGAGAACAAGAGAUGCCAUGAUGGAGGAGCUGAUCCGUCUGAGCCACAUUUCUGGUGCUGGCAAGGGUGAACCCCUCCCAAGAAGCAGCGGAAUAGACCAGACUCGCGGUGAGUUGAGGAAAAGGAAUUAA